GUUGCCGUGGAUACAGCCCAACAUUCACAAAUACACCGAAGAAAGUGAAACCUGUUCAUUAUACUCAGACUGAGGAUGGCAGAAACUGAUCUAAGAAAUUAUGAGUUAUCCCAACUGCAAGCCGAAGUCGAGCAGGAGAGAGAGGUCAAGGAGAUGUUAAAGGACUCCGUGUCUGACAUGAGGAGCACACUGGCUGAUUUGGAGAAGAGACUUCACAGUGUUGACGGAGAAGAGAACGAGUGGAGAACCAGAUAUGAGACACAGCUGGAACUGAACGAGCAGCUGGAGAAACAAAUCAGUGUCGUUCAAGAGAGACUGGAGACGCUCCGCGGUGACCCCUCAGAUCGACUGGCUUCUAUUCGCUCAUAUGAUGAAAUGUCAGAGGAUGCUCUCAGACAGAGGCUGAAAUUGCUGUCUACAGAGAAGUGCGGCCUUCAAUCCCAACUGAAGGACUUCCAAAUAAGAAUUGUGCAGGAAGGAAAGGCUUACCAGAAAGUCUACGAAGAGAGGCGGGCGUAUCUUGCAGAGAUUGCAAAGCUGUCUUCAACGCUGGAUAUGAGCAGAAAGCAGCAGAUGGUUCAAGCCCGGAGGAAAGCGCUGGGUCCAGACAAAACAGGCCAGGAGAGUAUGAGGCAACAUUCAAGUAUGAAGAAGGGAUCUGUCAAAAAAGCACCAGCAAGCAGUCGACUCCCUCGAUUAAAACAUUAAUGCAGUUCAGGGAUCUUCAAUAGGGCGUCCAUCAAUUAUUGUUUGAUUAUUUUUGUCAAAAUUUUUAUUUUAUACUUUUUUUAAUAUAUAUAUUCAAAGAGUUUUCUUUAUUUUUAUGACUAUGAAAAUUGUAGAUUCACACUGAAGGCAUCAAAACUAUGAAUUAACACAUGUGGAAUUAUAUAUGGAAUUAUAUACAUAACAAAAAAGUGUGAAACAACUGAAAAUAUGUCAUAUUCUAGGUUCUUCAAAGUAUUCACCUUUUGCUUUGAUUACUGCUUUGAACACUUUUGGCAUUCGCUUGAUGAGCUUCAAGAGGUAGUCACCUGAAAUGGUCUUCCAACAGUCU